AUUUACAAUAUAGUCUAGGAAACGCUUACUUCUUCAGCUGACCAAGGUGCCUUUCUCUUGAGAAUCCAAUAUAUUUAUAAGAUGUGAAAUAUUGAAUUAGAAAAGUAUAUCUAAAAUGAACAUCUGGUCUGGUGGCAUCGUACUGGAUGGACAAUCUCAACUCCGAGGCCUACAACUAAUUGACAGAUCAUCUAAUUGGCAUUCUGAUAUAACAAGGGACUCAACGCUAAGUCUUCGCUGCUUUGUGAACCCAGCUUUGAUACCAUUAUAUGCGCGCGUUGGGCCAAACCUCGAAUUGCAUACAAAUGAUGCGGAAACAUCGCAAUGGUUAAAAACCAAAUUACUUGGGGGUGUUUGGCUCGGAGAGGAGGACAUGGAUAGGCUCCAGACAGUUCAGUGCCCAGUUGGUCUUCUUGUGAGUGUCGAUAACAUGAUACGAACAAAAACAGGGUCAACCACCACAGACAUACUAGUGUAUGGCGUCCUAUCAAGCGCAACGUCAUUGAAACGUCCUCCAACUCCUCCCGUCUCCUCUUCCGCAAGCUCUGAUGAAAGUGCUCUACGAACUAUCAGACAAGAACUGAGAAUAUAUGCUGCUCCCAUCUCCUCGUCCCUUAUCAUCAGAACGCAUGCCCUCCCAACACCGCAAAGUACGAAUGAACUUCUUGGACAUGAAACACUUGCAGAAUUCCUUCCAGACAUCCGUUCUCCGAGCCCCAAGCGUAAGCGGGUGGCAACAUUGUUUGAAUCGGUUACACAACAUCAUAAGAGGGUGCGUCAGAAGGGAGGGGCGGGUGUGUCUCAGUUGAUGGGGCACUCCCAUUUACAGUCAUCACACCAGUCACAAAUUCUCCGCAUCAAGCGGGAGUCUGAGGAACCUAGUCUUCCUUUAUUAGACCGAAUUGCCGCACAACGCUCAAGAUCUCUCUCCGUUGGCGCGAACCUAAACCCUAGCAAGCCUUCAGAGCUUCGUACGGAGCAUCCUAGGCCCGGCAGCAAUCGGGGACACCCACGUGAGUUGAUCAAGAGAAAUACGCCCAAUCCCUUCAUCGAAUCCUCUUUGCGGAAGGAGGGAGAACCCUCACCGGCGUUACCUUCAUCUGAUGGGAGGGUUGAGCUUUCAUCUGCACCCAAGGAUACCGAAGACGUCAUUCUCGAAAACAAGAACACAAUCUCUCGUACGAUAUUAACAUGCAUGCGGCUAUAUGGCUUCAAUCGCUCGACGACGCGGUCCGGAUCUUUGAACAAGAACCCGAAUAGUCACGAUAUGCUUCCUUCUCACGCCGAAGAAAAGGAUCCUCGCAUCACGGCGGCAGUCGCACCUCUGGCCACGCCAACCCCAAGCACAGAUGAAGACGAGUUUAAAGCGAUGUACCAUGCGACCUAUCGCGCAUCCACCUUCGCCCUACGGAAGUAUCUGAAAGAAAUGCCUGUUAGUCAAGGCAGCUCAAAAUACUUGCCGCCUUUGCUGGAUAAAGGAAAGGCAAUGACGUAUAUUGAUGAGUUCCUGAGAUUAUUCUGUGAGGAAAACUGAACCUGUCUGGUACAGUGAACGAGACAUGAUGUUACGAUGUAUAUAAUCACAUCCACCUAAACAAUAGAUUACUUUGGAAACAUUCCGCCAAUAUAACUUAAAGAGUUGUUGAUCAUUCUAUACUACGUUGUCUCUGUAUUCAAACAGGGAACAAAGCCACCAUGGCCUACGAGUAUUUGGACUUUGUAGAAACCAAGAAAGUAAUAUAUUCCAUGCAUGUUCCAUUAACAAGGCAGCUCUGCUAGUAGUAGUAA